CGCCUGUCCAGAUCGCCGCGCGGCCCGGAAGAAGAUGGGGAACUGCCUCAAGUCCCCCACCUCGGACGACAUCUCGCUGCUGCACGAGUCGCAGUCGGACCGCGCCAGCUUCGGCGAGGGCGCCGAGCCCGACCACGAGCCGCCGCCGCCCUACCAGGAACAAGUUCCAGUUCCAGUCUAUCAUCCAACACCUAGUCAGACUCGCCUAGCAACUCAGCUGACUGAAGAGGAACAAAUUAGGAUAGCUCAAAGAAUAGGCCUUAUACAACAUCUGCCUAAAGGAGUUUAUGACCCUGGAAGAGAUGGAUCAGAAAAAAAAAUCCGGGAGUGUGUGAUCUGUAUGAUGGACUUUGUUUAUGGGGACCCAAUUCGGUUUCUGCCGUGCAUGCACAUCUAUCACCUGGACUGUAUAGAUGACUGGUUGAUGAGAUCCUUCACAUGCCCCUCCUGCAUGGAGCCAGUUGAUGCAGCACUGCUUUCGUCCUACGAGACUAAUUGAGCCAGGGUCUCUCAUCUGACUUCAAGUGAACCAUCAUUGUUGGUGGUUUUGAUCUUUUGUCACUGAGCCCAAAGAGCCAGGGAUUAGGAAUUAAGAUCAUGCACAAAAGUUUCCUUAAAAUUCCUGAAUGGCUGCAGAUGUUGGGAGAAAAGUAUGUGAUAUUUUAGAAAUUUAGGGGGGAAAGUAGGUUGGUAUUUUUAUGUAAAGCCUUGACCCAGUGUUUAAAAUAUAAUUGUAUUUAGAUCUUGUUAUUGCUCCAGUACAUAGGAAUUGUGUAAAGUGUUACAGCAGCUGUAUAUGUUUAAAUUGUGUGUGUUGAAGAUUAGGAAAAAGAUAGUGGUUGUUUUUCCUAAGUGAAAUAAACCCUACCCCCUGCCCACCACUCAAAUUCUUUUCUGAAAUUGCUGGCAUUUGGGUCAAGGUUUUAUUAAAAGCUACAUUUUAUAACACUGGCACAAAAAGAAAGUAGUUUAAAGCUUGUUUGCACAGUUCUUUUUUUCCAUUGGAAAUGGAAUUCAUUGCCUUAGGUCUUUUUAAAUAGUGUAUUAUUAUCGUUGGGGCUGGCUCUAUGCUUGAAAACCAGUUUAUUUAUAACCUAUUAUAAGUGCUAUAUCUGUUUGCAGUUAGGAAAUGCAGAAUUCAAAUGAUCUCCUAGCUUGUAAGCAAACUGAGAUGCACUAUCCCUUUUCUAUUAAAAAAUUAGUUAAUGUGUCAAGAAACCAACUAUAGUAAAAUGGGAUUUAAAACUUACCCUUUGUAUAUGUUUUGUCUAAUUAUUUUGGUUGUUAAUAUGGUGAUACAAGUCCAGGAAAUUUUAAAUAUUAAGAUUUUGGUUUAUUGAGCUUGAAUUAUUGCCACCAUGCUUAUGUAAAAAUGAAAGUGGCACCAUGGUGAAACUGAAGUUUAUCACUUGUAACAGUUUUGAUUUGUUCUUUUCUGUGACCUUCUUCCCUGUUGUCUUGAACCAUAGCAAAAGGAUAUUGCAUCUCUCAUUAUUGUAGUGCUGAGGUUAUUGAAGUUAUAUAGAAUACAUCUCAGUCUCUAUUUCUUGGAAAGGAAAAUCCUGCUAGUUGACUAGCAGGGAGAAUUAAGAUAAUGUAUUUCAUGUUUUGCACACAAAUACAGAAUUUGUAUAAUCACAUGACUUCAUAGUUGUGAUCUCAGAAGGAAUUUUUCUUUUUUUGCAGUUAUAAGAACACUCUGAGUCUCUAAGCUUCUAAAGUAUUAGAGAUGAUCUAGUAAAGAUGUAGUUGUAAUGUUUUAUUCAUUUAGCAUCUUUUUUUCCCUUAACAUACUCAGAGAUGACUUAUUUGUUCAACUCUGAUAUUACAGCUAAAAAUCAGUCAUUAGCAAAAGGAGAAUCGGUUUCAAUCUGACAAAUCAGGAAUGUUUAUUUGGUGAUGAGUUGAAUAUUUGACUCUAACACUUUUCUACAUACAAAAUGUAAGUAUCUUCAAGGUUCUGCCUCAUUGCAUUAUUGAAGAAUUUACUAUGUCAUAAAUACUUCUUAUGGAUUUGACAUUUGACUGUAGUAUUCAUAUGUUGGUUAAUUUUCUAUGAGCCCUAUGAUGAAAACUCUUAAUGAUGAAUUAGGGAAAAAAAUCAAGACUAUCAAGUUCUGUUAAAUUGUUCCAUGUAUCUUGCUUAAGUUUUUGUUCAUUAAUUUAUAUCCACCCAAUUACAUAAAGCGAAUUUGAAGGAAAA